ACGCCCAUCCCCUCUACCCCACCUUCAUGAGCUGCCUCUCUGCCUGCAUUUUUGAGUGGGAUGCAGGGGACCUCUCUCUGUUGCAUCAGGCAAAGAGAGAGCAGCUCAGGCAGGAAGGUGUGCCAGCCAUUACUGAUGCUGCGGUGGAUGCCAGGAUCAGUAAGAGGGAGCUGAGCCAGUACUGCCGCAGGAGGACGCGCGGCGUGGAGGCCACCAUCAGCCUCAUUGGGCGGCUGCUGCAGCAACUGGGCGGGACCAAUGGGAAUGACCUGAUGGGGGUGCCACUGCUGGACCAGGUGCGCAUGGAGCACAUCUGGCGUGUGCAGCAACGCCACGUCAGCUGCAUCCAGGACCUGCCUGGUGUGCAGCUCUACACCGAGACCGGCACCAUCAGGAAGGGAGGUGUGGUCCUCACCAGCUACCGCUGUGCCAGGGGGUCCACAUCCCUGGAGUCCUUCCACUGCCACCUGAACAGGUUCAUUCCAGGAACCAGUGCAAAUGCGCUGAAUUUUCAGCUCUACCUCCUGGAAGGCCUGAACAGGUGGAACCAGGACCGGGGGGCGGCGGCGGUGACCAGCAGGCCAUCGUCUCUGCUCACCUACUCCGGGGAUGUGACCCAGAGCGUCAACACCAACAACAUAAAGGUGUUUGGCCGGGCAUAUGUGCCAAACUUCAGGCCACCCUCCAAAUACACCGGAGAGCUGCUUGGUGUUGACUACCUCCUAAGUCAGACUGGGCAGCCCCUGAAGGUCAACCCUGACGCAGAGGAGACGGAGGACAUGCUGGAGGAUGUGGAGGGGGGUGAGGAAGUGGACGAGGGCAUUGAGGAAGACCAUAUACCUGACCUCAUGGUGCCAGGUCUCCUUGAUAACCCAACACAGCCUAUCUUCUCUCUGGCUGCUCCCUCCUCCGUGGCUGCUGCCUCCUCCCAGCCUGCUGCCUCCUCCCAGCCUGCUCCUCCUCCCUGGCUGCUCCCUCCUCCCUGGCUGCUGCCUCCUCCAUGGCUGCUGCUGCCUCCUGCAUGGCCGCUCCCAUCCAGCCUGCUGCCUCCUCCCUGGCUGCAGAUGUGUCUGGGGCCGUGGAUGAGUCCGGCAUGCCAGGCAUGGACAGGGUGGACAGGCUGGCAAAAUGCCUCGUGGAGCUGCGCAACCAGCCACUACUAACACUCAGCAACCAGCAGGUGGACAAUAUUGUCGGCCUCUGGCAGGAACUGCUUCCCUACGACCAGCAGCGGGUGGUCUUUGCCGCAAGACACCAGACCAAGCUGGCCACGGGGAGGUUCAGGAGUCCUAAGAAGAGGCAGGAGUUCACGCCGGGGGUGGAGAGCGUAAAGAGGCAUGCCCUCACCACCUCUGCCCCAAUUGCCCAGUGGCCAGACUGUUGCCGGCUCGUGGAGAGCAUCUUCGUUAG